UUUUUUCUCUUUUUAACAUCGUACAAUUUACUAACAUGGCUUGUAAUGGCUUGGACGCUACUUUCCCAGUUGGAACCUGUUUCUCGACGGGUGAGUGUACAUCGAAAGGAGGAACAACAAGUGGUAGCUGUGCGGCAGGGUUCGGAGUUUGCUGUCUGUUUAAAACAUCAACCUGUGGUGGAUCUGCUAGUAACAACAUAACAUAUAUUACAAACCCAGAGUUCCCCGCCACCUACAAUACCGCAGGGUUGUUGUGGAGCAGGAUGCGCAACAGCAUCAGAUUCUCUGACAGUAAAGGGACAAACUGGGGCUAAUCCACCAGUUAUCUGUGGGGUCAACACAGGAGAACACAUGUACGUCGACAUGGGGAACUUAGCAGCUGAUGCUGUAACCUUGGACUUCUCUGUAGCAGGAACUACAGCUGAUCAGUGGAAUGUGAAAGUCUCCCAGAUUCCAUGCUCUUCCAACUAUAGAGCUCCAAAUAAGUGUGUAAAAUACUACACAGGUGCUUCAGGCACUGUCACUUCCUACGGAUUUCCAGGCAACACUCUCCUUCAGAAUCAGAACUAUGAAUCCUGUAUUCGCCAAGAAGCAGGUUAUUGUUCAAUUCUAUGGGAUCAAAGUACAGUAACCCCACCAGCAGAUGCCUUCGACCUAACAAAUGCUGCAAUGGCGGAUCAAGCAACUAAUAAUGUAAUUACGGCUUGUGGUAAAUCGUUUGUCAAAAUUCCAAAUGCAGUCCUUGGGCCUACAUCCGCCCCUAUAACGGCAUUUUGUGGUGAGGUUUUCGGGGUUGAGGCUCAAACUGUGGCCAACAGUUUCACAAGUUCAACAUUACCCUUCACCUUGUCAACCUUUACUGGUGCAGGAGCUGCAAAUACUCUAACAACUUUUGAUCCCGUUGCAAAUGGAUACUCCUUGGACUAUGUGCAGCAGGCUUGCUGAGUUUAGUUUUAUACACACUACACAGAGCAAUAAUAUGAUGAGGGUCCAUAUAUCUCCGUUUUCCUUAGCUUGCAUUUAAAUUAUUGUUAAGUAUAACCAUAGCUUAAAUAACCACAACUAUAUGCAGGGUGUCCCUAAAAAACGAUCAUUUUGGUACUAGAGGUCUCGUGACAUGCAGUUUGAUAUUUUUUUUAAUUUUUGGACAUUUUCGAAAUCUCUGAAACAUUCCGAUUGAUGGACUCUAAUUACAGGUUUGAAAAUUGAGGAAGAUAAUUCAAAGUUUGCCAUUUUGGCUUGGUUGAGCUCGAAUAUUUGCUAUCUUCGUUUUUUGAACAUGCUACAGUUAAACCCUAAAUAAGCCAUACUUCGAAAGAAUUCAUCAAAUGUCGUAUUCUUCAC